AUGUCACUAACACGAUCUGUCUCACGACAACAGCGACAACUAGCUCGUACCGGUCGUCUCGCCGCAGCCGACGAGUACGGCGGCAUCGCCGACGCCUUUUCGCGGAUCUCGCGGGAUGGCGAUCCGAAUGCCGGCGGUGCCAUCACGCGCCGGAGCAUCGCAGCACUCUAUACUGGCCUGACGACGGAGUCAGCCAAAUCUGUCUUGGACUCUUUUCUAUUCUUUUUGUUCUAUGAGUUCUUCCGGUCCCGGUCCCGCUUCCACUCGGGCCGCGGCGCCGGCGCCGGCACCGCCCGCAGGGGAGGCGCCGCGCUGAGGGUUCUGGAGGAGCUCGCCAUCGGCGUCGCGGCCGGCGCCUGUUCGAGGGCCCUGACGACCCCGAUCGCCAACGUCGUCACGCGCAAGCAGACCGGGGCCAUGGUGGAGGGCGACGCCGGCGCCGAGCAGCUGAGUGUACGAGAGAUUGUAAACAACAUCAUGGAGGAGAAGGGCAUCAAGGGCCUGUGGUCCGGCUACUCGGCCACGCUGGUGUUGACGCUGAACCCCAGCAUCACUUUCUUCCUGCAAGAGUUCCUGAAGAGAAGCCUGUUAGACACGGACGAGCCGGGUCCGGCACCGACGUUCCUGCUGGCUGCGACCAGCAAGGCCAUCGCCAGCACCAUCACGUAUCCCUUCCAGAUAGCCAAAUCCAGGCUACAAGCUGGCGUGCCGGUCGAGUCGGAGCCGGCAUCGCGGGACGAGACUGAAAAGGAAAAGGAUCCCAAUGUAGAGCCAGCCGAGUUGGACAGCGACGACAACGAGUCGGUGGCCACAGAACGGGCGAUCGACAGGGAGGUCGACACGAAGCUCCGGGCCGCGCGGGCCGUGCAGAAGUUCGCACAGCAGAGCAUCUUCGGCACCAUCGCCCAGAUCGUCCGCACCGAGGGGCUCGGGUCGCUGUACGACGGCGUCCACGGCGAGGUGCUCAAGGGCUUCUGCAACCACGGCACGACCAUGCUCGCCAAGGACAUGAUGCACAAGCUGCUGUUCAAGCUGUACCUCAUCAUCGCGGGACUGCUGCGGGAGCUGCGGCUUCGCAGGCAGCAGCGAGUCGCCCAGGCCCGCCGGCGCGGCGAAGACGUUCCGCGGGCAUUGAGCUUCACCAACCUCGAGGCUCAUGGCAAGGCUGCGGUCCACGAUUCGAGGACCAAGGUAGCCGGUCUUCUGGCACGUCUGUUGUCAUUUGGCAAGAGAGAUGACAAUCGUAACCGUGGAAACCAGUCCAGUCCCGGCAUCAUACUGAACUUUCAGGAUAGAUCGCAGAGAGACCUUGGCAAGGACUGA